CAAUUGGCAAGAUUUUUUCCUGUUUUUGUUUUAGAUUUCUUAUUCCCCUAAUUGAAUCUUCAACAUGGCAGCCAUCUAUAUCGAAUUCCAGCCCCGAAUUUGAACAGAAAAAUUCUGGCAUUCACUCUCAAAUUCAACCCCUGACGCCUCCCUAGGAACUGCAGUUUAAGGCCUGAAAUUAGAUGAAAUCAACUUCUUCUUCCUCUUUUUUCGUAUAUGGAGAAUCAUUUGGGAAGAGAGAUAUUUUUCAAGUAGUUGAUGAGAGUUAAAUUCAUUAACAACUGAAUCUGAAUAUUAAGAUUAAAGAUGAAUCAUUAGCUUUAAAGGGUCGAUUCAAAUUAGAUGAAAUCAAUUUGAGGGUCAAUAUGAACAAACAAAAAAAAAAUUACCAACGAAAAAAAAAGAUAUUUGCUUUGUAGAACCAAUGAUACUAGUAAGAAAAGUUGUAAAUAAUGCAUCUGCUUCUAAUAUGGGAUCUUCUGAUCAGUAGACGCCAUGCCAGCUGAAAUAGUUCCCAAUGAGGGAAAGAAUGCAUCUCUUCAUGGAGACCAUAGACCAAUGGCUCUGGGUUUCCCCGGCGUCUUGGGUUCGAUCGAACCCAGGCUCUGGGUUUCGAACAAACCCAGGCAGCCUGGGUUUCAAACGAACCCAGGACACCUAGGAAACCCAGGCUUUGGGUUCGAUCGAACCCAGGCUGCUUGGGUUUCGAACGAACCCAGAGCUUGGGUUCGAUCGAACCCAGGACGCUUGGGAAACCCAGGCUCUGGGUUUCGAACGAACCCAGUGCCUGGUUCCAUCAAGAUCCCGGCCUUGGGUUCCAUCAAGACCCAGGCCCUGGGUUCCAUCAAGACCCAGGCCCUGGGUUCCAUCAAGACCCAAGCCCUGGGUUCCAAGGAACCCAGGCGUGGAACCCAGGGUAAAGCAAAUGAGAUUCCAAGUGAUUUUGCCAAGAAAAACGAUGUACAAAACAGUCCUCUGCGGAGAGUUAUUAUUGCCACAACUGUAGUGCAUGUGUCAAGACCAGAUGAAGUAGAAAACAAAAGGAGAGAUCUUCCAAUUGUUAUGAUGGAGCAGGAGAUAAUGGAAGCCAUAAAUGAGAAUCCCACUGUUAUUGAUUGCGAAGAGACUGGAUGUGGUAAAACCACACAAGUUCCUCAAAGAACAGAGAUUGUGGAUUAUAUAAGUCAAGCCUUCAAAAAGGUCAUGGCAAUUCAUAAGAGGCUGCCACUCCUGCCAGCAGGUGGGAUACUUGUCUUUGUCACUGGACAGAGAGAAGUAGAGUAUUUAUGCAGCAAGUUGCGCGAGGCUUCCAGAGAGCUGAUUGCUAAUACUUCUAAAAGAGAUAUAGGGACUGAAGCAGCUACUCCCUCAGAAAUGAAAUCAGUUGGGGACAUUGAUAUGAAGGAUAUUAGUGAAGCAUUUGAAAUCCCUGCAAACUUAACUGACCAGCGGCAAACUAAAAGGUUUAGCUCUUAUGAAGAAGAUCAGUGUGAUCUUGAUGAGGAUGAGACCAUGGGAAAUGGUGAUAGUCGGGUUAAUGCGUUAGGGGAUGAUGGGAGUCUUGCUUCCCUUAAGGCUGCUUUUGAAGCUUUGGCCCGAAGAGAUGUUUUAAAAUCUAAUUCUAAAGGAAAAGAGACUGUGACUAAUAGUGUGGAUGAUAAGUCUGAGCAAUCCAAUUCCUGCAUUAAGAAGAAGAGGGAAGAUGAUAAAGCUGUUAAUCCAGGUGCACUGCGUGUUGUGCCUCUAUAUGCAAUGCUGCCUGCAGUAGCACAGCUUCGUGUAUUUGACGAGGUUAAGGAGGGAGAGCGGCUUCUUGUUGCUGUCACCAAUGUUGUUGAAACCUCCUUAACCAUUCCUAGAGUAAAGUAUGUGGUUGAUACUGAAAAUGAAAAGGUGAAGAACUACAACCCUACCAAUGGUAUGGAGACUCAUGAGGGUAAAGCAAAUGAGAUUCCAAGUGAUUUUGCCAAGAAAAACGAUGUACAAAACAGUCCUCUGCGGAGAGUUAUUAUUGCCACAACUGUAGUGCAUGUGUCAAGACCAGAUGAAGUAGAAAACAAAAGGAGAGAUCUUCCAAUUGUUAUGAUGGAGCAGGAGAUAAUGGAAGCCAUAAAUGAGAAUCCCACUGUUAUUGAUUGCGAAGAGACUGGAUGUGGUAAAACCACACAAGUUCCUCAAAAUUUAUAUGAGAAGCAGCAGCGCAUGGUGCUUUCAGGAAAAACUGUAAAUCUUGAAAUAACUAUACAUUUCUCAAAGAGAACAGAGAUUGUGGAUUAUAUAAGUCAAGCCUUCAAAAAGGUCAUGGCAAUUCAUAAGAGGCUGCCAGCAGGUGGCAUACUUGUCUUUGCCACUGGACAGAGAGAAGUUGAGUAUUUAUGCAGUAAGUUGCGCGAGGCUUCCAGAGAGCUGAUUGCUAAUACUUCUAAAAGAGAUAUAGGGACUGAAGCAGCUACUCCCUCAGAAAUGAAAUCAGUUGGGAACAUUGAUAUGAAGGAUAUUAGUGAAGCAUUUGAAAUCCCUGCAAACUUAACUGACCAGCGGCAAACUAAAAGGUUUAGCUCUUAUGAAGAAGAUCAGUGUGAUCUUGAUGAGGAUGAGACCAUGGGAAAUGGUGAUAGUCGGGUUAAUGCGUUAGGGGAUGAUGGGAGUCUUGCUUCCCUUAAGGCUGCUUGUGAAGCUUUGGCCCGAAGAGAUGUUUUAAAAUCUAAUUCUAAAGGAAAAGAGACUGUGACUAAUAGUGUGGAUGAUAAGUCUGAGCAAUCCAAUUCCUGCAUUAAGAAGAAGAGGGAAGAUGAUAAAGCGGUUAAUCCAGGUGCACUGCGUGUUGUGCCUCUAUAUGCAAUGCUGCCUGCAGUAGCACAGCUUCGUGUAUUUGACGAGGUUAAGGAGGGAGAGCGACUUCUUGUUGCUGCCACCAAUGUUGUCAAAACCUCCUUAACCAUUCCUAGAGUAAAGUAUGUGGUUGAUACUGAAAAAGAAAAGGUGAAGAACUACAAACCUACCAAUGGUAUGGAGACUCAUGAGGUGCAGUGGAUAAUCUUUAGUAACAUACUCCCUGAUUUUUCUUGUGCUGAAAUAUCUAAAAUACCUAUUGAUGGUGUCAUUCUUCUCAUGAAAUCCAUGGUUAUUGAAAAGGUUGGAAACUUCCCAUUUCCAACUGCUCCUGAGGCUACUGCUCUGGUUGAAGCAGACCGUUGCCUGAAAGCUCUUGAAGCACUUGAUGGUAAUGGAGGAUUGACAUCUUUGGGGAAAGCCAUGGCUCAUUACCCCAUGAGUCCCAGAAACUCAAGGAUGCUCCUUUCAAGAAUAAUUACUUAAAAUAGCUGAUAAUCGUAAGUUUUUUUCCUCCUUCUGUAUCUAAUUUGUAUUAGUAUUUGAAGUAAGUUAUUAGUCAAUAACAGUUGUGUCUAUAAAUAUUUCUAUUAAAAUGAUGAUGUUUUU